AUGGCGGCCUCACUUCUUUUUCUUCUCCUUCUUCCUCUGGCUCCGGCGCUGGUCUCGUCGACCCCAUAUGCCAUGAUGGCGAAAGAGGCCCGUCCGGUCAUCAAGCAAUCAGCUAAGGCUUACAUGGAACAGAAGGUGCAAGUGCAGCAGGGUAUAGCGAGCCGCUCCGGCCAGCAGAUGGCGACUGACAGCUCCGUCGCCUUAGUCUUCGACCUCUCCAUCGGGACCUCGCCGCAGAAACUCUCCGUGGUAAUGGACAUCACCACCGAGCUCGUCUGGGCGCAGUGCGACGCCUGCUCCUCGUGCAUCAGGCUCACGCCGCCCGCGACGCCUACCUUUAUGCCCAACAACUCCAGCUCCUUCGCCGAGGUCGGCUGCACCUCCCAGACCUGCCAGCGUAUGAUCCCCGGCGAACACGGCUGUACCCAUGACGACGACCCCUGCGGGUACCCGAACGACUUUUACGGCUGGAACACGUCCGGCGUCCUCGCCACCGACAUGUUCACCUUCGGGACCACGCCCGUCCCCGGCGUGCUGUUCGGCUGCAGCGGCGACAUCAUGGUGCCGGACCUCGCCGGCACCUCUGGCGUUGCCGGUUUCAGCAGGGGGCCGCUCUCCCUCGUGUCGCAGCUCAACAUCUCCAGCUUCACCUACUUUAUUCCUCCUCACGGCGACGCUGCGAGCAAGAGCUUCGUGAGCUGGACCUUUGAUAAGAGUGAGAGGUACAAGAAGAAGAGAGGGGCUGCGAGAUGCAGCCCCCAACAGACCUGGGGUGGCGCCGCCGACCACCAGUUCGCCGCGGGGCAGAUGCGUACGGGGGGCAGACGCAGCAGCACGCCGCUUCUGGCGGCCAAGAAGAACCAGCUGUACCCUUACUUGUACUACGUCAACCUCACUGGCUUGCAGGUCGACGGCCAGCUCCUGACCGCCAUCCCGCCGGGGUUCUUCGACGUACGGCCGACCGGCACCGGCGGAGUGUUCCUCAGCAGCACCCUGCCCGUCACAUACCUCGAGGAGGCCGCGUACAACGUCCUGAGACCGGAGCUCGUGAGAAGGAUCCAGUCACAGGGCGUGGCUCCGGUGACCGCCGACGACGACGUCAACAACCUGUGCUUCCUCACGCGUGACUUCUCCGGGGUCAAAAUACCCGGGAUCGCGCUGGUGUUCGACGGUGACAGUGCAACGAUGGAGCUCAAGGUGGAGAACUACUUCCUCGCCGUCGCCGACGGGCAGCUGACGUGCCUCACCAUACUGCCGUCAAUCGGCGGGUCCAUCCUGGGCAGCCUGCUGCAGGCGGGCAGAACCAUGACCUACGACAUCCAUGGCGUGCAACUGACGUUCCAGACGGCGGCGGCAGGUGCUCCAACGCCGGGGUUGUGGUCCAUGAUAAUGGCCACUCUUCUAGUGUGGCUGCUCUGCCCAGAAAAUCUCGUGUACGCCAUCUGA